CCUCUUUGUAGAGAGAGACGCCUAUCAAGAGCACACGUGCAGCCCGCAGUUUGUUUACCGCACCGAAAAGGAAGAGAACGGUACAUACAAGUUUUUCUCCUCGACCCUCCCUACCAUCCCUCCUCCAUUCGUUCGGUCAAUAGAACGAGGUGUUGCCUGUGCCGGGCUUUUGCUUUUGUGUGUUUGCAAUUGAGUCUUGUUUGGUGCUUGUUGCCUUUGGCGGUGCAGUGCAAUUGAGCCGCUCGCUUUGAAGCCGUGCUUGUGUGAAUAGAACCACUCGCCUCCAGCAACCAAUGGAGUUCUCACCUCUCUUCAAGUCCUCCCUUCCCUCGGGCGCGGUACCCUCGACUACCGGCCGCUUCAUCGCGUCAUUGACACAAACUCCACCACGACUGGUUAUCAGAUCCGCUGAUUCCCUCGCUGUCAAACGCGUUAUUGCACUACCCGCUGAACUCGCGACGAAAGCUCACACGAUUAAGUGGGCGCCUCCACACGUCAUUCUUGCCGAGGACGGAGCCGAGGAGGGUGAUGAGCGGUUAUUGGUCGCGGAUGAGAAGACCGUGAAGGUCUAUGGUGUGCAUGACGAAGCGUUUGAAGCCAACAUUACUGAGGGUAUUGGUGGUGUACGUGGUGUCGAUUGGGACCGUACCGGGGACAACAUUCUCAUCUUCUCCGAUUUCCAGUUGAAGCUCACCGUAUGGUCUCUCUCCGCCUCGGCCGGCGCCAUCAUCUACCACCCCAAAUUCCCGAACAAAGGCCACGCAUACCGACCCGGGAGUCCAUACCUUGCAUUGAUGACACGGACUCCCACGGCGCAUGAUGCGGUGAGUUUGUUCGACACGAGUAUGAGCCCAUGGAGAUUGGCGAGGACGUGGAGAUUGCCAACUGUUGAUGCACAAGGGUUACAGUGGUCAUCGUGUGGACAAUGGCUCGCGGUCUGGGAUUCUUCGGUCGAGUAUUCUAUCCAUAUCUACACUGUCGAUGGACGCUCGUUGAAGAGUUACUCCGCCUACCGGACGGGAAGUGAAGGCGCACCUGGGCUGGGAAUCAAAACUGUUAGCUGGAAAGGCGACUUCCUCGCGUUAGGGAGCUAUGACGGCAAAGUUCGGUUGUUGAAUCAGUGGUUUACGCCCGUGUUGGAGUUAACGCACUCCAGCACAAUCCGCUGCGGUGCGAAAGUUUGGAGGGAGAUUGCUGCUGCUCCCGCGAUGGGUGUGACGCCCGGAUACGAGAUCGCUAGUCAGCCGUGUUGUCCUCCUACGUUCAAUGUCACUGGCACGGGGGCGGAUGUGGUGGGCAAAUUGGGCGUAGGGGUGUGUAUGUUCAAUGCGGAUGGGACACUGUUGGCGACGAGGACGGAUCAUAUGCCUACCACGCUCUGGAUCUGGGACCUCCGUAUCCUCGCACCCAUCGCUAUCCUCGUUCAACGCGCCCCCAUCCGGUCCGUGCAGUGGAACCCAACGAAACGGGGGCUUCUCGCCAUUAUCUGUGCCGGUACCGAAGACGAUAAAGGUCGGACGAGGAAGGGUGGCCCAGAUGUAUCUUUAUGGAGUGAGGAAUGGGAGACGCCCCGCGUCGUCCGCGUUCCCGUCGAGGGAGGUGGGUUCGAGGUUGGGUGGUGUAGGUGGGUUGAUGAUGUGGUUCCUGAGGAGGAGGUGGAGGAGGGGAGGAAGACGAGUGUGUUGAUUGGGAAUAGGGAAGUUUGGACGAUGGGACGCAUAUUGGAGGAAGAUGAUGUAGACGGUGAGGCCGCGGAGGACCAGGGGCCGGUAGAGAGUAAGGAUAGUGGGGUGAGUGGGGUUAGCGACGGUAAGGUUGGGGAGGAGAGUUUGAGUGAGAUAUUGGGGUUGAAGAAGGAUGGAAUUGAGGUCCAGGCCUAA